AUGGCUCAGCCACCUCACGACAUGAGCUACCUCGACUACAAUUCGGGCUCCAACCGCUCGCCCAAUUCCUCUCGCCCACAAUAUGGCGGCGGCGCUCCCGGCUUCAACGCCGGUCUUUCCCUCCCCCGACAAGCCCAGCGCCCCUUUGAGGCACCCCUCGGCUCUUCUGCCCUCUACGCAUCCGACCGACCCAACGCUGGAUACAACGUCAGGGGUAUGGAUACCAUCUCCGCUGGCGCUGUCCCUAGCUAUAUGCUGGAUGGCAACCAGGGCUGGAGCUACAGCGCUUCCGGUGCUGCGACGGUCAACGGCGCCGUCAACGGUCCCAACAGGAGCCGCAGCAGCAACCGCAGAGCCGCUCUCCCCCAAACUUGGACCGAUCACCCCAGCAUGCCUCCACUGCCUUCAAAUCUUCAGGCUUAUGGUGGAGGCCUCAACGGCUCCCACCUCUCCAGCAGCAAUCUUCGUGUUGAUCACCCAGGCACUCACCCAUCGCCCUCCGAUAUUCGCUCCACCAGCUCCGACCCCGAUCAGCUCAUUCCUACUGCUAUUGUCAUCAAGAAUAUCCCUUUUGCUGUCCGCAAGGAGACACUUGCCUCCAUCAUGCUCGAGAUGCACCUACCCCAGCCAUAUGCCUUCAACUACCACUUUGACAAUGGCGUCUUUCGUGGUCUCGCAUUUGCCAACUUCCAGUCAGCUGAAGACACUAGGAUCGUGAUCGAGGCCAUGAACGGCAUGGAUGUACAUGGCCGCAAGCUCCGCGUCGAGUACAAGAAGAUGCUUCCCGAGGCCGAGCGCGAGCGUAUCGAGCGGGAGAAGCGGGAGAGACGAGGUCAGCUUGAGGAGCAGCACCGUGGCCCCAUGCUUCACCAGCAGAGCUCCAUCCAGUCACUCGGUGCCAUGUCCCAGUCUCAGCAGCGCGGUAAUCCUGCCGGCUAUCUCGGGGAUGUCGACUUGAAUGACCCGCAAACGCUAGACUUCUAUACGGAGCUUGUCAUGUUUCGUCGUGAUGAUUCUCGCGAGAUUCUCGUCUUCCCACCUGGCAUCGCACCUGAGCACCGCCGCUCAAUCCAUAUUCUCGCCCAUCACAUGGGCCUCGAGCACCAGUCAAUGGGUGAAGCCGAAUCUCGCCAGCUUACUGUGCUUAAAUCCCAGCAGCCCUCGCCAACCCCCAAUAUCCACAGUGCCCCUUCCAACAGUCUUGAUGUCCAUAAGCGCGGAUUGAGCAGGGCCGCUACCUUUGACUUUGCUGCCGAUCGAGAGUCUCGGGCUGUCAGCAGCAAUUACUCUCACGUCAACGGCCGCCAGGGACCUACACUCGAGCUUCCUGGUAGUCCUGAUGGCCACGGCCUUCCCAAUCACCUACGCGCUGCCAAAAGCUUUGCUGAUCUGCGUUCGUUUACGCCUAGUCCAUCCCAGGCCUCGUCGAGCUACCUGACUCCCAACCCUGGCAUGGGAAGUAUCGGCCCCGGCUCUACCGCCCGCUUCGGCGACUACAUCAGCGCUCAGCAAGGCCACCCUGGCAACCCGUCUACCCCCGGUUCGAAGAACGACCAUGGGCUUGCUAGCGGCCUGGGUGCCCUCAACCUGGGCUCUUAUGAAUCGAGCUCCGUUUCAGGCCAAAACCGCAACGCUCCUGGUGCUAUUGGCAGCCAGCGCCCUAGCGGCGUGAGCAACGGACCUAAGGGCGCUCCCGAGCGUCAGCCUCGUGGCCCAGAACGUGAGGCUUCCUCAGGAUUUGCUGGCCGUGGCCGAUCCAAUGGACACCUGCAGCGAAGCAGCGACUCGUCCGACAAUGGCGCUCGCGUUGGCACCGGUUCGACUAAUGCGGCUCGGUUUUAA